AUGGCCAUGAGGGCUCGACACAAGAUUCGAGUUCCUCAUAGAGGAACCAAAAAGACAGACGAUUUCGAUUCGGCAUGGUCCGUUUUAAGCGCAGCACUAACUGCGAUUAACGGCCGAAAUGCCUCUGACCUUUCUUUCGAGCAGCUCUAUCGCAAUGCAUACAAUAUCGUUCUUAGUACGCGGGGUGAUGACCUUUACGAGAACGUAAAGCAGCUGCAAAAGGAUUGGCUGAUUAACAACGUCCAGAAACGGAUAAUUGGGUCAAUACAGCCAUCUAUCGUAUCAAUAAAGGGAUAUACCGAUUUGGAAGGGCAAUUAAAUGAUUUGAGACUUGCAGGGGACAAGUUCUUGGCCGUCUUGAAGAAUGCCUGGGAAAACCACCAGGUUUCGAUGGGCAUGACGACUGAUGUCCUUAUGUACAUGGACCGCAUCAUCGCUACUGAGAAGUCAAAGCCCCAAGUCUACUCGCUCUCGAUGAUGCUAUUUCGAGAUUAUGCCCUGAACGCUUCAGUCAGUCGAUCUGCCACUGUUGCUAGUGUCCUUGAAAGCACAAUACUUUUUAUGAUUCAGCUGGAGAGAAAUGGUCAUAUUAUUGAGCGACAUCUUAUUCGACACUGUAUGCGGAUGUUGGAGGAACUCAACGCUGAUUCCAAUGCUCAGGAAAACGCGUCAAUGUAUGUGGCUUAUUUUGAGCCCGCUUUCUUGGCAGCAAGCACCGAUUUCUACCAGUCUGAAGGACGUCGACUACUUGCGCUUGGAGAUGCGACAAAGUUCUGCAAGAUCGCCUCGGACCGAAUUGCAGAAGAACAGGAACGCUGUCGUCUCAUGCUGGCGAGAGAGACUGAGCUGAAGAUUCUCGAUGUGCUUGACGAGCAGCUACUUCUCAAAAACAUUGAGCAAGUGGUCAAUAUUCCGGAUACCGGUGUCCGCAAUAUGCUGGACCGUAAUCUUUUGGAUGAGUUGAAAGCCGUUUACAGACUCAGUGCCAGAGUCGAUAAGAAGAAAGAGGCAUUAGUGAAAGUUCUCAACGAGCGAAUCGUGGAACUUGGAGACGAGAUCAAUGCUGUAUCUCUCCUUCCUCCAGCGAAGGCAGAUAAAAAGACGGAAAAGGAUGGCAAAGAAAAAGCGGUCGCCGUUCCGGCAACAGUCUCGGCAAUUCAAUGGGUUGAUAGCAUUUUGGCCCUGAAGAAACAGUUUGACAUUGUCUGGAAAACCUCGUUCGACUCAGACCAAGGUAUUGAGACGUCAAUGAUGAGCAGCUUUAGCCAGUUAAUCAACGCGAAUACCCGUGCCUCCGAAUUCCUAUCACUUUUCUUCGAUGACCACCACAAGAAGCUUGCCAAAGGCAUGACGGAGAGUGAUGCAGAUACUUUACUAGAGAACGGUAUCGCAAUACUGCGGUAUAUCACUGACAAAGAUUUGUUCGAGACAUAUUACAAAAAACAUCUCGCACGCCGGCUGCUGACGAAGCGGACGUCCAGCAUGGACGGCGAACGAAAUGUCAUAUCUAAGAUGAAGGCGGAGCUCGGAACGCAGUUUACUCAGCGGAUUGAGGCAAUGUUCAAAGACAUGGCCAUAUCAACCGAUCUCACAAACAACUACAGGGAUCACGUCGCACGCAGUGCAGAUCCAGACCACAAGCCAGUGGCUCUGGAAGUUAGCAUUCUGACCAGCACAAUGUGGCCAUUGGAAGUUUUGACCAACCCUGACAAAAAAUCCGAAGUUCAAUCUAAUCAGAGCAUCUUCCCCCGUGAGCUCGAUUAUCUCAAGCUUAGCUUUGAAAAGUUCUACCUUGACCAACACAACGGCCGUAAACUGUCAUGGCAAGCCGCCAUGGGCACAGUUGAUAUUCGAGCUACCUUCAACCGUAAAAAUGGCAAAGUCCAACGAUACGACCUCAACGUCUCCACAUACUCUGCCUUCAUUUUGGUAUUGUUCAACAGCGUGCCAGACGGCGAAUCCUUGACAUUAGAGGAAAUCGAAGGCCGCACCAGCAUCCCUCACGACAAUCUCGUCAGAAAUCUUCUAUCCCUCUCCGUCGCGCCCAAGACGAGAGUCCUCAUCAAGGAACCGAUGAGCAAAACAGUUCUUCCCACCGACCGCUUCUUCUUCAACCAUGAGUUCACAAGCCCAACCGUCAAAAUCCGCAUCAACGUUGUCAGUGGCGGAGUCAACAAAGUAGAGGACAAGGAUCGGCGGGGAGAAACUGAAAAGAAAGUCAAUGUUGAGCGUGUUGCUCUUAUUGACGCCGCCGUCGUGCGCACAAUGAAGCAACGUAGGUCACUUCCUCAUAGCACGCUGGUCUCUGAAGUUGUCGCGAGUCUUGCUCGUCGCUUUGUUCCAGACGUACGGUUAAUUAAAAAGUGCAUUGAGAGUCUCAUUGAUCGUGACUACUUGGAGCGUCUUUCCGAGGACCCUCCUACAUACGGAUACAUUGCAUGA